AUGUCUACCCCUCAGCUCAGCAAGAUCGCGGCUAACAGCCCUUCGCACUCCAAGCCCUCUGAGCUUGAGCAGGCCAUCGCUGGCGCUCUCUACGACCUCGAGAGCAACACUGCUGACCUCAAGGCUGCCCUCCGCCCUCUGCAGUUCACUUCUGCUCGCGAGAUCGAGGUUGGCCACGGCAAGAAGGCUAUUGUCAUCUUUGUCCCCGUUCCUUCUCUGCAGGGUUUCCACCGUGUCCAGCAGCGCUUGACCCGUGAGCUCGAGAAGAAGUUCUCCGACCGCCACGUCCUCAUCCUCGCUGCUCGCCGCAUUCUCCCCCGCCCCAAGCGCUCCACCCGCUCCCGCAACCUCCAGAAGCAGAAGCGUCCCCGUUCCCGCACUCUUACCGCUGUCCACGAUGCUAUCCUGACCGACCUCGUCUACCCCGUCGAGAUCGUCGGCAAGCGUAUCCGCACCAAAGAGGACGGCUCCAAGACCCUCAAGGUCAUCCUUGACGAGAAGGAGCGCGGUGGUGUUGACUACAGACUCGACACCUACUCCGAGGUUUACAAGCGCCUCACCGGCCGUGGUGUCAUCUUCGAGUUCCCCCAGACCGGCUCCGCCGAGUACUAG